GUCAAGCAUGGCAUGUGCGGACUUGUCGGGUGCUGAGAUUUCCGGCCGCGAACCAUUCGCACUCCACGCUAGUAUUCAUGAUGGGAGCGACCCCCGGUUGGUCGCUUCCGACUUGUUUCAGGAUCCUCCUGCGCCGGAGUCCAAGGAGUUCAUGGGCAUGUCAACAUCGCCGUUGGCGUUCGCGGUGCGGCGGCGUGACCCGGAGCUCGUCGGCCCGGCCGUGCCGACGCCAGAAGACACCAAGCGUCUCUCCGACAUCGACGACCAGGGCACGCUGCGCGGGCACGUUUCGUUCGCCCUCGUCUACCGCGCCCGCGUGCCGGAGGACGGCGACCUCGCGCAGGGCGACCCGGUGAGCGUCAUCCGACGCGCGCUCGGCGAGGCGCUGGUGCACUACUACCCGCUGGCCGGGCGGCUGAGGGAGGUCGAGGGGCGGAAGCUAGUGGUGGACUGCACCGGCGAGGGGCUGCUGUUCGUGGAGGCUGACGCCGACGUGAGGCUUGCGGAGCUGGAGCGCGGCGCUGGGCUCAGGCCGCCGUUUCCGUGCAUGGACCAGCUGCUCUUCGAUGUGGAGGGCUCUAGCGGCGUACUCGACUGCCCAUUGGUGCUAAUCCAGGUGACUCGGCUGCUCUGCGGUGGGCUCGUCCUCACGCUCCGGCUCAACCACACCAUCUGCGACGCCAUCGGCAUCGCCCAGUUCAUGAACGCCGUCGCCGAUCUCGCCCGCGGCCUCCCGGCGCCGACCGUGGCGCCCGCUUGGUCCCGCGAACUCCUCGAAGCGCGCAGUCCGCCUAUUCCAUCCUUCCCGCACCGCGAGUUCGACGUACUUCCGCCAAAUGGUGAUGGCCCGCCACCGCCGCCGCCGGCCGACGACAUGGUCAUGCGAUCCUUCACCUUCAGCGCCGCCCACGUCGCCGCGAUCAAGAAACACCUCCCUCCACUCCUCCGCGACACGGUCACCAGCUACGAGGCGCUCACAGCCUUCCUCUGGCGCGCCCGCGUCACGGCGCUCGACAUAGCGCCGGGCGAGGCCGUGCAGCUGGUCAUCAUCGCCAACUUCAGGGGCUUCCCCGAGCUGAGCCUGCCGGAUGGGUACUAUGGCAACGCGUGUGUGCCCGCGAAUGCGCGGGCCACCGCCGCGGCGCUGCGCGAUGGCUCGAUCGGCGACGCGGUGGCGCUGGUGCGGCUGGCCAAGGCCGCCGUGACGGCCGAGUACGUGCGUUCCACGCUCGACGUGCUGGUGCUGCGCGGACGGCCGUGCCUGGCUCUGCAGAACAACAUGUUUGUCGUGUCGGACAACCGGCACGCCGGGUUCAACCACGUGGACUUCGGGUGGGGCGAGCCGGUGUACGGCGGCCCUGCCGACACCAUCUUCGGCCUGGGAUUCUUAGUCGCCGGAAAGGACCCGUACGGGAAGGAUGCGGUGGUGGUGCCGAUAGUGCUACCGCGGCCGGCCAUGGAGCGGUUUGCGGCGGAGGUGGGCAAGCUUUGCAAGGCAUAGAUUGUGGCGUGCCAGUCUAUGGUUUUCCUUUUUAUGUGUGUCCGCUCCUCAGCCAUCGGGUCAUCUUCGCGAGAAAUCUCAAGCUCGUCCAAUCAAGGCAACAUUUUGUGUAACACUUUGCAGAAAGGCAAUUUCGUGAA